AUGUCUGAGAAUUUGGAAAACAGUGACGCUUUUUAUGUAAAAGAUCUCGCAAAAGUAUUUUCUCUAGGUAUGAAUGACAUUCCCGAAUGUUUAAAACGGAAUGCUAAGAAUCUCCUUGAAGUUAUUGACUCUGCUUGUGUUGACAAUCCGAUCGUUAUUAUCGAAUGGGCGGUAAACCCCUGGCCACGUAGGGGUAGAAAUCGUACAAAGACUGAUCUUAUUAAUUAUAUCACGACCAAUGGCGGCACUGAUGAAUUUCAACUUGGCAUGAUAUUCUCUUUUCGAACUAGUCGUAUACUUGGAAACUGUAUGGGGUACAUGCCACCUUGGUCACUACAUGACAGAAAUAAUCCGAAUAUACGGGAUGUCGGCCAUUGUUAUAUAAUUAACAAGGUCGCUGAUCGCUCGGCUGAAUUAGAAGACUAUAACGUCAUUUUUAAUGUCUGA